AUGUUGCUUGAACCCACCGACGAGGUGCUGGAGGAAAAUUGCGAGCCGGAACUGCUUACUGCUGUGAUGAAGGUGGACGGAGGUAGACUAGUCAAGGAAGGGGAUGUCAAGCUGCUCUCUGAUGCCCCUGCAGUCGAGCUAGAAUCUGAAGAGAAUGGAGCAUUGCUGAAAAGGCUGGAGCUGGUAACCGUAUCAUAUGUUAUAGUCGAUGAGCUGAUCGUUGUUGGUGCCGCUGUUGUAAAGGAAAUGAACGAGCUCGAUACAUCGGUUGCGCUCGAUACAUCGGCCGUGCUCGAUAUAGCAGGUGUGCUCGAUACCGCAAGUGUCGAGGAUACGGGUGUGCUCGAUGUCGUAAGUGUAGAGGAAACGGGUGUGCUCGAUGUCGUAAGUGUAGAGGAAACGGGUGUGCUCGUUGCAGCAGACGUGCUCGUUGCAGCAAACGUGCUCGAUGCAGCAGGCGUGCUCGAUAUAUUAGGUGUGCUCGAUGCCGCAAGUGUAGAGGAAGCGGAUGUGCUCGAUGCAGCAGACGUGCCCGACGUUGUAGGCGCACUUGAGAGGUCGGUGCUGAUCGACGAGCUAGAACUGCCUGAUGCAGAGGGGCUGAUCGACGAGCUAGCUGUGCUCAACGCACCAGAUGUGCUCGAUGGAAGAUCUGUGCUUAAUGACGUGGAACUGCUUACUAAAGAAGAGCUGCUUAACGAGCCAGAAGUGCUCGACGAAAGCAGACCACUUGAUGAAGUAGACGUACUCAAAAUAGCGCGCGUGCUUGAUGGGAUAGCCGUGUUCGAUGCAGCGGAGCUACUCGGGGAAGAACUAGGCACUGAUGUAGGCCCCACACUUGAAGCGCCGGAAGAUACCUCCAGGGAAGAUGAGCCUACUGGAAAAGUUGUACUCACCGAGCUACUUUGCACUAUGCUGGACUGGGUCGAGGUUAUGACCGAAGAACUGCUCUGUGGCGUGCUGGACGGAGCAAUUGACGAAGACGCGGUGGAAGACACAGGCGUACUGGAGCUUGAUGACAAGACUGUGGUAGAUGAGGAUGAGAUGGUACCGCUCUGCACGGAAGACGAGCUCUGUAUUGAAGAAGCGAACUGCGAGCUGCUCGAUGGGGUAGUCGGCGCCGAUGAUGAGCUCGGAGCGGCGGAAGUGGACUGCGAGCUGCUGGAAGGGAUCACAGUUCCCGUAGACGAGGUAAAUUGCAAGCUGCUCGAAGUCGUUCCAGAUGUCGAUAACAAGCUGGACUGCAAGCUACUUGAUGAGGUUCCAGGUGACGCUGAAGAGCUGACUGUGGACAAAACCAAGCUACUGGAAGUGCCAAUGACCGUACUGCUCUGUGUCGUACCUCCUAUGGAUGAUGACGACGGAACUGUCACAGAAGACGAGGUCCCCAGGGUGGACGAAGUGGAAGAUUGCACACUGAGCGGACUCACCGAGGAGGACACAAGGUCCGUCGCCGAGGACGAGACGAUCGAGGAAGAUGACGAGACUCCAGGCGAAGUUGAUGUCAAGCUAGAGCUGGAUGCCAAGGCAGAACUACUCAAUACUGAAGAUGAACCAAUUUGGGAAGAGGAAGUGCUUCCGACGGAACUAGAUCCUGCCGGUGCCUGUACACAUUAG